CUGUCUCGUACACUUCUGGACAGGACCCCAAUAAUCCACCAAUCCACGAUUGUUUACAGAUUCUCAGUCGAUUACGCGCCUUAAUGCUCGAAUAUUUUGCUCACUGGGUUUAAUUUAAGUCAACUACACACCAAAAGAUGGCACCUACGCGCCAGCGAAAGCACGGGAAGUCAACGGAGUCCGAGUCUUCGGUCGAUGCAAUGGAUUUCCCAGCGCCUCCCCAGACCAUACCAACAAAGUCAAGCACACCAACAAGGACGCCGAUAAGACGGAGCCCUAUGAAGAAGGUCCCAAGAGGGCUCACUGCGAACCAGAAGCGAGCGCUGCUUGAUAACCUUCAACUCGAGAUCACUGAGCGCGCCAGAAAGCUUAGGGCUCAGUACAUGCUUCAAGCGCAAGGCCUUCGCACCAGAAUCGAGAUCAGAGUCAACCGCAUUCCCACGGGACUCCGCAAGGCGAAAAUGGGCGACCUCCUUCUCAAAUACAACGAGGCGAAGAGCAAUGCCAUCUUACCAGGGAUGACUGCGCGAGGUGGCAAUAUGGGAUCGCCAUCCAGAAAUUUCCUCCAAGAGAACCAGAGAAAUGCCCGCAACAGCCCCUCGCCCAUGCGCCAACUGGAACGCCACAGCGGCCACAUGCUAGACAAAGAAAACGAGGACCUCUCCAACCCCAAGAGACGCGCCAAGGCCGCACCAGCACCCCGCGUCGCUUCUCGGACCAAACAAGCCGACCAAGUCCUCUCUCCCCGUUCUGCAAACUCCCGCAACGCGCCCCAGCCACGAUCCCCCAUCCGUCCCCCAACCAGCCUGGCGCGUCCGGCAUCACCGGUCAAGCUACUGCCUCCCGGUGGAGGAGCAAGCUACCUGACAAACAUGGUUGAGAAGGCGAAAUCAAGCCGUGCGGCGGCGACCCGAGCUUCGAAGACAGGGACAUCCGCUGUGGGCAGGCCGAAGAAGCCGGUGGCUGCUGCGGCGCCAGCGCCGAGAGCGCGUCGAGGCAGGCCGAGCAAUAGCAGUGAAUCGAGCGAUGCGAGUGCGAGGACUACGAUUGUCAGCCGGGCUCCUGCGGCGAAGAAGGAGCCGGCUAAGAGGACAGUUAUGGGGGCUCUGAAGAGUAUUGGAGCGAAGAAGACGGCUGCUGUGCCUGCUACGUCGAGACCGGCGCCGGCUGGGAGGGUUCUGAGGAAUAGAGGGGCUGCGUAGUGGUGUUCGUUGAGGAGCUCUUCUACGGCUGGAUAUAACGAGCGUCGAUUUGUUGGUGUUUUGUACAGAGUUGCAGUCUAACGACACUUACCAAAGUCGCCACGAUGGUAUUGAUUCCCCACCUCUUUGAGAUGGGCUGUAGUCUACCAUCGACGGUGACUCGAGAUGGGCAUGACAUUGAUUCCCCACAUUCGUGGGUUGCAGUCUGUCAUCCGCGGAUUCUCGCACUGAUUAUGCAAACAGUGACUGUCGAAGGCUUGGCAAUUAGACGCGUAAGAGGGGGGUAUAUGGAUGGAAAGGGAUAUAUUGGAUAUUGGAUAAGGGACUAUGCGAAUUUGUGUUUUUUUGACUGGGUUAGCGGCAGGCGUUUGGGACACAGAGUUAAUGACCAAGGGAAUUAUGGCCAGAAUUCAACGGAUGAGAAACAUAGGAUCAGCGAAAAUAAAUUCAUUCGCACCUCUCUAAAAUUUCCCCUGGCACUACACACUCUACUAACUCUUAAUAAAAGCGGAGAAGAGGGGGAGAAGAAUGACUGUGAGGAAGAG